AUGUCUUCCCAAACCGUCCUCCAUCUCCCCUCCCGCGAGUCCUGGACCAAUCUCACGGAAUCCCAAGAACCCAUCCCAACCGCCGGCAAGCACGAAGUUCUCAUCAAAAUCCGCAGCGUGGCCCUCAACUUCCGGGACAUCGCCAUCUCCACCGGCCAUUAUCCCUUCCCCGUCAAAGAGCAAGUCGUGCCGGGCUCCGAUGCAGCAGGUGACAUUGUUAAUGUGGGUGAAGGGGUGUCCGAUCUGCAGGAAGGUGACAAGGUCAUGGUGGCUUUUGAUCUAGCGACCAUGUACGGCCCCAUCAAGGGGUGGGCAAACAGCUUGGGUGGACCGGUUGAUGGGGUCUUGAGGGAGUAUAUUGUUGUUCCGGCGCAGGCGGUGGUGAAGAUUCCGGAAUCGUCGUCGCUGAGUUAUGCGCAGUGGGCGAGUGUGGUGUGUACGGGGGCUACGGCGUGGAAUGCUCUCUAUGGGAAUCUGCCACUGAGGCCGGGUCAUUCUGUUCUGUUCCUGGGAACUGGCGGAGUGUCCAUCACUGGCCUAGUUCUCGCUAAAGCGGCGGGUGCUACCACGAUCAUUACGUCCUCGUCUGAUGAGAAGCUCAGACUGGUCAAGGAGAAGUACGGCGUUGACCAUACCAUCAACUACCAGACCACCCCUAAUUGGGCUGCCGAGGUGCAGAAAAUCACGAACGGAAAGGGAGUGGACUACAUCCUGGAAACCUGUGGCGCGGGUACCAUCCAGCAAUCCAUCGACGCCAUCGCGUAUGGUGGUAUCAUCUCGGUGAUUGGCUUCCUCGCAGAGACAUCUCAGGAGGAAAUGCCCAAUGUGGCGGCACUGGUGAUUGGCAAGGGGGCUGUGGUCCGGGGCAUCAUGAUCGGUUCCAAGCAGCUGUUGGAAGAGGCCGUGCGCUUCAUCGGGGCAAGAGACCUCCCGGUGCCGGUGGAGAAGACGUUCCAGUUUCGUCGGGAUCAGGUGGUCGAGGCAUACGAGUAUCUGGCUAGUGGGCAGCAUGUUGGCAAGGUCUGCAUUGAGUUCUGA